UGUAUAAAAGCCGGGCCGAUGAGCGACUUCAGCAUCAGUUCGACUUGCAGCAUUCGCCACUAUAGUAAAGUCAGCAAACCGCAACAAACAGCAACCAUGAAAUUCCUCGUUGCCUUCGGUGUUCUCUGCCUCGUGGCUCUCUCCACCCAGACUCCACUUUUCGAGGGGUGUGACGAGAACAUACAGAGCAUCUUCAAGAACGACUCUUGUUUCCACGUCAAAUGUCAGGAGUUCAACAAGUUGGCUGUCACCUUCCACCAGAUGACCUACCACCAGUGCUUCGCUCCCAAAUGCAAGGAAGGAACACUACUCAAGGGACAGAACCCCGCGGACGUCAGCAAGGUCUACCCACACUGUUGUGCUACCCCAAUCUGCGAAGAACCUGUCAAGAGUUGUAAUUAAUAGUCGCAUUAAUAAAUAGAUACAUUUAUCUUUUUAAUAAUU